AUGACUCAAUUAUAUCAGUUGAGUUCCCAACAGUUGAGUUAACAGGAUCAUUAUGAUUUUGGUAUGAGAGCAGUCAAAUCUGUGUUAGUCAUGGCAGGAGCAUUAAAAAGAGCAGAUAUCAAUUAACCUGAAGAUGCUGUUCUAAUCAGAGCAAUGAGAGACAGCAAUGUGCCAAAGUUUUUGAAAGAUGAUCUACCCUUAUUUUCAGCUUUGAUUAGCGACUUGUUUCCAACAGCCAUUAUCAAAGAAGUAGAUUAUGGAGACUUGUAGAAGUAAAUAGAAAUAUCGUUGGAUAAAAUGAAAUUGUAAAGAGUGCCAAAUUUGAUUACCAAAACCAUAUAACUUUUUGAAACAUUCAAUGUAAGAUUUGGUGUCAUGUUGGUUGGUAAUACAAACUCUGGAAAAACUUCAUGUUAUAAAUGUUUAGAAAUGACUAUGAGUGAUUUAAGGAGACUUAACCAUUAGGAUUAAAGAUAUUAAUUAGUUGCAUCUUAUGUUCUAAAUCCUAAGUGUAUUUCCAUGGGAGAAUUAUAUGGUGAAAAUGUGCAAGAUGGUUUGGCAUCUUAAAUCAUGAGAGAAGCUGCUGCUGAUGAAACUAAUGAGAAGAAAUGGGUAGUGUUUGAUGGACCCGUUGAUGCCUUGUGGAUUGAAAAUAUGAAUACAGUGUUAGAUGACAAUAUGAUGCUUUGUUUGGCUAAUGGUCAACGUAUUAAAUUAAGAACCUAGAUGAGAAUGUUAUUUGAAGUGCAAGACUUAAGAGUUGCAUCUCCAGCCACUGUCAGUAGAUGUGGUAUGGUUUAUUUGACACAAGAAGAUUUGGGAUGGCUGCCUUAUGUAUAAUCUUGGGUUGAAACUGAAUUUGGUCCCAGAGAGAUUCAACUUAAUGGAAAUAUACAAAGACAUAUUUGUUAUCCUUAUUUGAAGAAUAUGUCAACGAUGUCAUCAACAAAAUCAGAAAAACAUUUAAGGAAAACUAUUGGAACUAAUGACACUCAGUAAGUAGUUUCUUUAUGUAAUUUAUUGGAAGCCUUUAUCAGUGAUAAAUAUGGAUUCAAAGCUACUAUGACUGCAGAUUCAAGAAAACGAUUUAUUUUGUAUGCUUUCACAUUUGGAUGUAUUUGGUCAGUUGGAGCUUCCAUUGAUGACAAACAUCAUGAAGACAUGAGUGAUUUCUUCCGUGAUCGCUUUUAGAUGUACUCAUAUUACUUAGAUACAUCUAAUGAAUUAUCUUUCAAGCAUUGGAAUGAUAAAAUUGAGGAAUUCGCAUAUGAUCCCACUGAACAGUUUUUUAAUAUGCUCGUACCAACAGUAGAUACUGUUCGAUAUUCUUACAUCAUUGAACAGUUGUUAUCUAUAAAUAAGAGAGUGUAUUUGACUGGUCCCACAGGAACUGGCAAGAGUCAAGUCUUGGCUAAAUUAUUAGUUUAAAUAUAGGAACCCAGAUCUAUAGAUCCAGUUUAUAUAAUAUUUUCAGCUCAAACUACAUCUAUGGUCACAUAAAUGACUAUUGAAAAUAAAUUAGAGAAAACCAGAAAAGCAUUGUUGACAGCUAAACCAGGUCGUUAGACUUGUAUAUUUAUUGAUGAUGUGAAUAUGCCAUAAUUGGAAGAAUAUGGAGCACAACCUCCUAUUGAAUUACUCAGAUUAUUAGUAGAUAAAAGGAUUCUUAAAUUUAUAGAGAAUGUUACAUUGCUCUGUUGUAGUGCUCCUCCUGGCGGUGGUCGUAAUCCACUUACACCCAGAUUCACUAGGCAUUUUAACAUGCUCUCUUUGCCUUAACCUGCAUAGGCUACUCUAUUUAAAAUCUUUUUCAGCAUCCUCAAUGGAUUCUUUGGAUAGGGAUUUACAGAUCCUGUUAAAAAAAUGUCAGACACUAUCACAAAUGCAACUAUUGAGGUUUACAUUAGAAUUAUUAAAGAAAAACUACCGAUCCCUUCCAAAUUUCAUUAUACUUUUAAUUUAAGAGAUGUAAGUAAAGUAUUUUAAGGUGUAUUGAUGGUGAAACCUGGAUUAGUUAGAGAAGUAGAUUAAGUAACACGUUUAUGGGUUCAUGAAGUCAGUAGAGUAUUUUAUGAUAGAUUGAUUAAUGAUAUUGAUAGAGAUUGGUUCAAAGAAUUAGUUGGAGACCUUUUGGGAAGACAAUUCAAAUCCAGAAUGACUAAAGAUGAUGUUUAUGGAGCCAGUAAAGUUCUUUAUGGUGAUAUCUUGAAAAUUGAUUCAGAUAAUAGAGAAUAUGAGGAAAUUAAGGAUGUUGCUAAGUUAGUUAAGAUUUUGGAGGAUAAAUUAGAUGAUUACAAUACGGAAUGCAAUUCUAAGACAAGAUUAGUAUUCUUUGGAGACGCAAUAGAUCACAUUUUGAGAAUUUCUAGAAUCCUAAGGUAACCAAGAGGAAAUGCAAUGUUGAUUGGUGUUGGAGGGUCAGGAAAAUAAUCGUUAACUAGGCUGUCAGCAUAUAUGUAGAAUCAAUAAAUCUAGUCAUUAGAAAUAACUAAGAACUUUUCUAUUGAUAACUUUUAGGAUUUCUUAAAGAAAAUAUUCCAAAUAUCUGGGUUAUAGGAAAAGCCCUUAUGUUUCUUAUUUACUGAUUCUUAGAUUGUGUAUGAAAGUUUCCUUGAAGAUAUCAAUAAUAUUUUGAAUUCAGGAGAAGUGCCAAAUAUUUGGAAACCUGAAGAAAAGUAACCAUUGCUUGAAGAAGUCAAGAAAAUCAAUGCAAGAUUAAAGAGACCUGAAGAUCCUGAUACUCUCUAUAAGACUUUUGUGGAAAGUGUUCGAAAUCAAUUGCAUAUUGUGUUGUGCAUGUCUCCUGUUGGUGAUGCACUCAGAGUUAGAUGUCGUAAAUUCCCUGCCAUGGUUGAUUGUUGUACUCUAGAUUGGUUUUCAAGUUGGCCAGCAGAAGCUUUGGUUUCAGUGGCUACUAAAAUUUUGGAAUAAGAGACUGAUUUCCCUUAAACAGAUAUUCCAUAGAAACAAUUGAUUGAUAGUUUAGCUUAGAUGUGCAUGGAAAUUCAUAUUUCAGCUAAAGAUUGUGCUGAUAAAUUUGAAGCUGCACUUAAACGAAAAGUCUAUACUACUCCUAAAAGUUAUUUGGAUCUGAUCGGAUUAUAUUUGAGUAGUUUAAAAAGAAAAAGAGAGGAAUUACAAUUGAAAUAGAAGAGACUCUCAGGAGGUUUGGUUAAAUUGAAAAUGGCUAACGAACAAGUAGCAGGUUUAUAAGUGACUCUGACUGAUCUCAAACCUCAAUUAGAAGAGUCUUCAAUAAAAGUGUAAGCGGCUCUAGAAAAAGUCAACUAAGAUUCCUAUCUCGCAAGUCAGCAGGAGGAAUUGGUUAAGGCUGAAACUGAAGAAGUGAAUAAGAAGGCUUAAGAUGUAAAGAUAAUAGCUGAUGAUGCUCAAGCUGAUUUAGAUGUUGUCAUGCCUGAAUUAGAAAAGGCUUUGAAGGCGGUUGAACAGAUGGAUGAGAAUGAAAUUAAAAUCGUUAGAACUUAUAACAAUCCUCCUUAAGCAGUCGUCAUGGUUCUUGAGGCUUUGGGAAUCUCUGCCAAAAAGGCUAUGAUUGAUGUCGGUUCAUUUGUAAGUUCAUUGAAGAACUAUCCAAGAGAUAAUAUUCCAGAUAAGAUACUCAAUAAUUUGAAAAAAAUCAUUUCGAGGGAAGACUUCGUACCUGAUCUAAUCAGAACUAAAGCUAAACCAGCUGCAGAUAUGGCAACUUGGUGUUUGGCUAUGAAUACAUACUCCAUUGUAAGUAAGAAAGUAGAACCAAAGAAGAGGAAAGUGGCUGAAAUGAUGGCAAUUUUGGAUUAAGCAAAUAAGGAAUUGGCAGUUAAGGAAGCUGAACUUUAGAAGGUCAAAAUGGCUGUUAAGAAAUUAUAACAAGAAACAGCAGAAAUGGCACAAAAGAAACAAGAUCUUGAAAACUUAAAAUUAUUAACUGAGGCUAGAUUAGACAGGGCUUAGAAAUUAAUUAGUCUUACAGCAUCUGAAGCUGAGAGAUGGGCACGCACUGUGGAGGAAUUGGGAGUAGCCAUCAUCAAUUUAAUUGGUGAUGUCUUUUUGGCUGCAGCUUCCAUUUCAUACAAUGGACCUUUUACUGGGCCGUAUAGAAAUGAAUUGAUUACUCAUUGGACUGAUAAGGUGAAAGAAGCAUAAAUUCCUGUAUCUGAGAAAUUCACACUGGUUGGUACUCUAGGAGACCCAUUAUAAUUGAGAGAUUGGACAAUUCACAAAUUGCCAAGUGAUUCUGUAUCUUAAGAGAAUUCUAUUCUUGCCACUCAAGGUUACAGAUGGCCUUUGAUGAUUGAUCCACAAUAAUAAGCAAAUAAUUGGAUAAAGAGUUCGUUUUAAGAUCUUAAAUUGAAAGUAGUUAAAUUCUCGGAUCCAAAAUUUUAAUCUGACAUGAGAUUAUGUAUUACAAAUGGAUACCCAAUUUUAAUUCAAGAUAUUGAGGAGAAUUCUAGAUCCUUCAAUUGA